UCGACGUGGCAAUGUGAAUUUAAAUUAUUCGUCAACCAUUUGUACCUUCAAAAUUCUCGGUUAAACUUCUUCCUGAAAAAGAAUUCGUUCAGACGUGUCCUGAUAUUUCGGUUCCCAACGCGACCUAACCUAACCUCCAGUAUCCAUCAACGAUGAGUCCCGAAAGAAUGAAUCCAUCAACGAUCUCGUUCGCUCCAGAAACCAUAACGAACGGGUGAUUUCGAAUGGCACGAUGAACGAGUGUUUCGCGAGAAGACUGUCACGAACGCGGAUCGAGCAACAGGAAUGGAUGAACUGUUACUUUCGGAAGCUGGCUUCGCUGUACAGGAAGUCACCGUGCCUGUGGAAGAAAGACACGCGGUAUUAUCUCGACAGCGAGUGGAGGCAUCGAGCUUACGCUCGGAUUCACCAGGCUAUGAACCUGCCGGGGGUGACUUUCGUCGAGAUCAUCUUGAAGAUUCGUGAAAUGCGACGACUGUACGUGAACGAACUGAAAAGAUUGCUGAGAGCCAAGUCCAACUGUCGGCGCUACGAGAUCACGAUCCCCUGGUUCUACGAUCUGCAUCGAUUUCUUUAUCCGUACCUGGAUUACGAGGAGGCGGUCGAGUUGCACGUUCGUAUCGAUAAACUCGUUACGCCAUUAGCUCGCUAACGCUCGACGAUUUUCGCCGAUAACUUCGCAGUAGCUUCUCGUUACGGGAGCUUCAGCGCAGCGACGUUUGCCGUGAAGCGUUUUUAAUUCCUCCAUUACAACGUUACUCUCUCGACGUUAAGCGAAACUAAUGAUAGCCGUUUAGCUUCGAUUACGAUAACGGGAUACGUGAAAAUUAGAUGGCCGGUUCGCUUUUACGAUCCUUUUCGAUUAUCGAACGCGUUAACAAGCUAUUCUAUAUUUUUUUACUUUGAAAUUACUCUUCCGCAUAAAAUUCAAGCCCCGUGAAAGACCCUUCAGCAGACGCCAGUCAUGAGUACUUAAAAGUAGAUUUUCUGUUCGAUUCGCAA